GGAAGAUAGAGGUAGCUAAUAUGAACUUAAAGGGUUAUAAUAGAAGCUGUGGUGGAAGAAAAUGACUGAAAUAAGCCAAAGGGUCUUUGUGGUGAUAGUGCAUUUCUUUUCGCUCUCCAUGGCUCUUCAUCAGCACAGCCUCCACAGGUCAGUGGAGGAUGCGCUGGAGCACACUGGGGGUCACUUGCGGCCGGGACUCUGCAGCUAUGGUCAGAAUACUUCCUGUUGUUUGGGAUGGAGGAAUGUUAACAGCAUUUGUCAGCCGGUGUGCAAGAAACCAUGUGUAAAUGGAAAAUGUGUGGGACCAGACAAGUGUUUAUGCUCCACAGGGUUUAAAGGACCCCAGUGUGAUGAAGAUGUGAAUGAGUGCGGUUUCCUGAAGAGACUGUGUUUCCAGCGCUGCAUGAAUACACACGGUAGCUAUCGCUGUUACUGUGAACCUGGAUACACACUGAGUGCUGAUGGCUACACCUGCACCAGAGGGGCCGCAUGUUUCUCCCUGCGCUGCCAGUUUGGUUGCCAGAUGGAGAGAGGGGGAGUAGUGCACUGCCUGUGUCCCCCCGGUCUCCACCUGGCCACUGACAACAAGACUUGUGAAGAUGUAAAUGAGUGUCAGCGGGAUGUUGAUGUGUGUCACCCACGGCAGACCUGCAAGAACACUUUUGGCAGCUUUGUCUGUGUGUGCCAGGAUGGUUUUGUGCUGGGGACACACCAGGGCUCGCUGCAAUGUCGAGAUAAGGAUGAAUGUUUAACCGGGUCUCACCGGUGCAGCCACUACGCUCAGUGUGUCAACACUGACGGUUCCUACACCUGUCAGUGUUUAGAGGACUACUUCGGCAACGGACGCACCUGCUUGCCCAGGAGAGCCCCACAGUCCAAGGCUGUCAUGUACUUCAACUACAAACUCUCCAAAAGGACCAAGCCCAUACAACCUUCAUCUUAGAGCGUCUUCUUGCAACCUACAUGGCUCAAACAAAAAGGGACAUGCAUCAUUAGAGGGUAAUUUAAGAGGUGUUCAGGUUAAUAAAAAAUGGUUUACAGAGGUUGUGGAAGUUUUCAAAACUCUCAGAACAUGUUGCAAUGUCAAGUAUUUUAUUGAGUAAUAAUAAUUGUCAACUCAUCUACAAACCUUGUUGUCUUCUUCUGUUUCAAGGCUGUUAUUUCUCUUUCUCGGCAGCAAGGCAAAAACUUGGAAUACCCCCAGCACUAUUCGUUGCCUGUUUGAUGUCUGUUGAAGGAACCCUUCAUUUAACAAAUGCACAGCAACAGCACCACACUCUGUACUUUGCUUGUGCACUUCAGCCCAAAUGGACUGUGAUGACAGGAGGGUUUUCCUUGCGCUGGCAUCACCAGUGUCACACAAACACCACCCCUGUUAUUGCACGUGGGAUCUAUUUUGUCCAACAAAAUGUAGCACAAAUUUGCAGCUAUUGCUCACAAGUCAUUGGUAAUGUAUUAAACAUCCCAUUAAGUUUAAGUUUUCAUCCUGAAAAAAGGCAGUUUUGUGAAACUUCAUCAGAAUUUGUUAAUAAAAG